AUGCCUGAAAUCACUAACGGCAAAAGUUUGACAGAUGGCGACGCAUUCCCCCUUCGCAAGCCACUGUUCGUCGCACAAACUCCACUGCGAGAUGAUGGUCGUCCCGUGCUCCGCAAAGUCCUGAUUGCGAACCGAGGCGAAAUCGCCUGCCGAAUCAUCAAGACAUGUCGCAAACUGAAUAUCGGCAGCAUAGCUGUCUAUGCUGAUGAGGAUGCAUUGUCACGUCAUGUUAUAGAAGCCGACGAGGCUAUCAACAUUGGGAGCAUCGACAAAAGAAAGGUAAACCCUUUCUUGGACAUCGAACUUCUGGUACAGACGGCACUAUCAGCGGGUGCUCAGGCCAUUCACCCUGGUUAUGGAUAUCUCAGCGAGAAUGCCGACUUCGCGAAUCGCGUCCGUGGUGCCAAUCUGAUCUUCAUUGGACCAUCCGCCAGUGCUAUGUCCUCACUAGGCGACAAAAGGGCCUCGAAAGUCUUCCUGAGUGAACACGCCCCCGAUGUUCCCCUGAUCCCUGGAUUUUCAGGCUCAAGCCAGGAUGCAGAUGCUCUCAAAAAAGCAGCGGAGGAGAUCGGGUUCCCAAUCAUGGUCAAAGCUUCUGCUGGAGGAGGAGGCAAGGGGAUGCGCAUUGUCAGGGAGGCUGGUCAAUUGAAAGAUGAACUUGCGCGAGCACAAUCCGAAGCCAGUCGCUCCUUCGGCUCAAGCGACUGCAUCCUGGAAAAGUACAUCGAGAACAGCAAGCAUGUGGAGAUACAGAUUAUGGGCGACUCGCACGGCAAGGUCGUUUCAUUCUUCGACCGGGACUGCUCAGUGCAACGCCGGCACCAAAAGGUUAUUGAAGAAACGCCAUGCCCAUUCUUGGACGAUAAGACGCGACAGGAGAUGAGUGAUACCGCGGUUCGAAUUGGCUCGUUGAUCGGAUAUGAGAAUGCGGGCACCGUUGAAUUCAUUUUCGACGUGUCGACAGGCAGAUUCUAUUUCCUGGAGGUCAACGCCCGACUGCAAGUGGAGCAUCCUAUCACCGAGGAGGUGACUGGCUUUGAUCUGGUAUCUUUGCAACUCUUCGUCGCUGCUGGUGGAAAUCUCAGCACCAUUCCAGCUCUAGAUAACGUCACCCAACACGGCGCGUCUAUCGAGUGCCGGCUGACGGCUGAAAGCCCGCAAAACAAUUUCCUUCCAGAGCAUGGCAAGGUGCAUUUGUGGCUUCCUGCUCCUGGUGUUCUGUCUCCAGGCAGGGAUGUCCGCUACGAGACAGCCAUCCAGAGUGGAUCAGUGGUUUCCAUUUAUUUUGAUUCCAUGAUUGCCAAGCUGGUCGUUUGGGCACCCACGAGAUCUCUCGCAAUCGAGAAAAUGCAACAGGUUCUUGCCCAUACCGCUUGUGUUGGAGUGAGAACGAACCAGCUCUUCUUACAAGCCUGUCUAUCGAACAAGGAGUUCCAUGAUCCUGCUUACACAACCUCUUUCAUCCCGAACAACCUCGAGCAGCUUCUUCAACCAUCCUUCCUGCCAAAGGCCACUGACAUAGAGCCCGUUCUCUCUAUCAUGUCGAGCUUAGCUGUUCGGUAUCUACCUGACCAUGUACCAAAGUCUUUGCAGACAAAACCAUUCCAUUACGUGCGGAGACAGUUUCGAAAUCAGAGGCUCGAUCCUGUCAACGUACACUGUGACGUGAUUACCGCAGUGGAUUGGCCUUAUCACAACAAGAGCAAAGAGCCCAUUCCAAGUUCGCUGUGUAUCUGGAAGGCUCCAAGCCCGGAGUCACCAACCGCAAUGGCCGAAGCUUUUGUUUUGUCCAUACCGGACGAAAAGAAUUUCGAGAAUGAUUCGCAGUCUGCCGCCACUGAAAUUUCUAUGAAGUACAACCAGAUCAGCCAAGAGAUCCGCAGUGGGAAAUAUGUCAGCUCAGCUCCAUACAAAGCUCGCAUCGAAGCGUGGCAGCCAGCAGAAGGUAGCGCAGCUAUCAUAGAAUCCUGGUUGUCCUCCAGAAUUACUGUUUCCAUCAGUGGUGUGAAGACAUCUGCCUAUAUUUGCCUUCCGUCAGUUCGCCCGCACUCGUUUACCGGACAAGUGGAUCAAAGCCAGCAGAUCUUCUUCCAUAUCCCGGCUAUUGGGACCUACGUUGAGAUGAAGCGUGAUACGCUACUCUCAUUUGCAGGCAGUAUUCGAUCUAUUGCCAAGUCUAAGGAUGACCCUGCGCAGAAGACCGUGACGGCACCAAUGCCUUGCAAGGUCCUUUCGAUUCUGAAGAGUAAUGGAGAUUCCGUCAAGGCAGGAGACUCGGUCAUGAUCAUCGAAAGUAUGAAAAUGGAAAUCACCAUAUCGGCGGCGUCUACGGGUAAUUUCGAGACGAAGUGGAAGGAGGGAGAUGCCGUUGAAGAUGGAAAGGUUCUUUGCACUGUUGUCUAG